AUGCCAAGAAUCAUCUUAGUGAAGGAUCGUGACUCAGAUGCUCCGGACUCUGAUUUGGUCGCAGUUCAGGUACACUGGUUGGCUGCAAUCUUCAUAAACCUCACUUCAUCACAAGCUUCCCACCUGCUCUGGUCAUCUCUUCAAUUUCAGAACAAAGAAGUGGACUCUGUUAUUGCGCAGCCUGAGAUAGGCUCUACCUCUCCACUACAAGUCACAUCCGCAGCUCUGAACAGGAAAAUGGAAGAAAGGAAUACCAAUGGAGUGAUUAUGAAUGUGGAAGCAACCACACGAUACUUGAUGACAGACAUGACAAGAACCAUGACAUCUAACUUUAAGCACAUCUCUCCAGGGAAUUGUGUCAUGGAGAAGACAAUUCUCCAAUGCUUUGGUGCCAUCAUUGCUGUGAUUGGACUGGCAGGAAAUGCAGCUGUGAUCUGGUUCCUCGGCUUCCAGAUUCCAAGAAAUGCCAUCUCAGUUUACAUUCUAAAUCUGGCUGUGGCUGACUUCCUCUACCUAUGCUUUCAAUUUAUAUAUUACCUGCAUGAAUUCACCAGUUAUUUCCUUCAUAGCAUGGGAGACUAUUUCUUUCAUGCCUUUCGCUUCCUGUUUUUCCAUUUGUAUAUAGCAGGCCUGGGAUUCCUCAGUGUUAUUAGCCUGGAGCGCUGCCUGUCUGUCCUGUGUCCCAUCUGGUACAGGUGCCGCCGCCCAAGACACGCAUCAUCCUUCAUGUGUGUGCUGCUCUGGGUCUUACCAGUGCCAUUUUCUUCUUUGCUAAUUCAUUACUGUCCUAAUACUUCUGCUGUUUAUUAUUAUGGGCAUCAGUGUAAGUUAAGUAUACUUUCUGCUGAUGGAUACUUGCUGCUUCUGUUUGUGAUUGUCUCAGGGUCCAGCCUGGCUAUAACUAUAAGAAUGUUCUGUGGUUCUCGACGGAUGUCACUGACCAGGUUGUAUGUGUCCGUCCUACUCUCAGUGCUGGUUUACAUCUUCUGUGGACUGUGCUUUCUACUUUUUUCCUUACUAAAAGUUAUGUUUUCUAUUGAUAGCUACCACUUCUACUGUUAUCUUAAUGAGCUUUUAGAUUUACUAGCCGCUGUUAACAGCUGUGCCAACCCCAUCAUUUACUUCUUUGUUGGCUCCUUCAGGCAGUGGCAGAGGCAGAACCUUCAGCGGGUUCUGCAGAGGGCUCUGCAGGACACUCCUGAAGACAAUGAAUGUGGAGGCAGCCUUUCUCAGGGGACCCUGGAGAUGUCAGCAAGCAGAGUGGAGCCUUAA